AUGAAGCGAACAGAGGAGAAGGCCGCCAUUGUGAUUAUUCCGCAGAUCUUCCCUGCGAUCGACGUGGUGCCGCCGCAUGGCGCUCAUGCCGGCCAGGCCGAGAAAGACGCGAGGCCAAUACCUGCGGGACUAUCAGGGCCAGCACCUCAAUCUAUAUCAUCAUCAAACCCGGCUCCAGUCGCCCAGGGAGUCACCAAGCUGCGUAGCUGUGUCAUAUACCGUCGUCGAAAGAUCCGGUGUGACAAGCUGUCACCGUGCACCAACUGCCGACUUGCUAACAUUGCGUGCGUCGUACCCUCGGCAAACGACAAGCCCCCGCGCUGGGCUCACCGUCUGGAGCGCGACGGGGGAGCUGGACCCGUGCCCUCCAACGCCGGUGUAAACCAGGUCAUGGAGAGGCUGCGCACCCUUGAGAGCCUGGUCGAGGAGCUCAACGGCCAGCUGGAACAGGCUCGCGCUUCUGCCAAUAGAGGAUACGAGGAUGCCUCGUCGGCGAGUAACCAGGACUCAUCAAAGCCCCAGCUGACCACAGGCAUGCUGGAGUCAUCAUCAUCGACGGCGGGGACAUCACGCUUGGAAAAGCCGUUUGGAAGGAUGAUGCUCCAGGACAGUUCCCGUAGUCGCUACGUGAGCAACGGCUUCUGGUCCCGCAUCAGCGACGAGAUUGAUGGUUUGAAAAUGGAUGCUCGUGAGCUUGGUGGUAAUGAUUCCGACUCGUCCGAUGAUGAGGAUUCCCCGGGCCAGACUCUAGCCGGACGCCGUCUGAACGCCACGCAUUACUCUUCGGCUUUAAAUGUCUCCGGUACCAUCAAUUCUGACUUAUCAGAGUUCCGGCCGCUACCAUCACAGAUUCCAUUCCUUUUAGACGUCUUCUCGGAGAAUGUGAAUUACAUGCUCCAGGCUGUCCAUAUGCCGAGUAUCAUGUCACUGUCUCGCAACAUGCGCAAUUCUGACACGGUAGCCUUGGACGCCGCUGAUGAGGCCUUGAUGUUCUCCAUCUCCUAUGCGGCCGUUACCUCUACGGAGGAGGACGACGUGCUCAUCAACUUCGGCACCAUCAAGGCAGAGCUUAACAUGAAAUUUCGGCUAGGGCUUGAGCACGGUCUGGCCAAAGCAGACUUUCUCAACAUGCCUCAGCUGAAACUUGUUCAGGCUCUCAGUAUAUUCCUCUACGUCGCUCGCCGCCACGACAGCCCGCGCUUCAUCUGGAUGAUGACGGGGCUUGCCAUCAGAAUGGCCCGGGCUAUCGGCUUACACCGCGACGGGCCAAAUUUCCCACACAUGACCCCAUUCGAGGCCGAAAUGCGCCGGCGCGCGUGGUGUGUUCUGUGCACGCUCGAUAUUCGCACAUCCAAAGAUCAGGGCAUGGAGCUCUCCAUCGCGCAUGGCAGUUUCGACACAAAACUACCCCUGGAUGUCAACGAGGAUGACUUGUUUCCCGAAAUGACCCAGCUCCCACCUGAACGUGAUGAAAUCACAGACAUGUCGGGGCCUCUCGGUAUCCUCGAGCAAUGUAUACUCACGAGAAAGAUGAUGUCGCCCGAAGUCAGGGACAGUGCAUCCCCCUUGCAGGAACAAGCUCGUCUUCUUGACAGCACGUACGAAAAGAUGAGCAACCGGUUCCUCAAGUACGGCGGUAAGCCCAACAUUAUGCUAUGGGUCGGCGUGACAGCCACUAGGCUCGUCGUGUCCAAGAUGACGCUCUUUAACGACGAAAAGUCGUGCCGCCAGUGGCGCUGGGUCUACCAGUCGUACACGCACUGGAAUGCCAUUGUCUACCUGCUUCUCGAGAUUUCCCGCCGUCCUUGGACCCUCAUCGCUGAGCGCAUGUGGAUCUCUCUGCACAGCAAGUGGCUGAUUCCAGCGGACCCCAACAUGGAUAAGGGAUCCAGGAUGUGGAUACCGCUACGCAAGCUAAUGGCCAAGGCCAGGAGGCACAGGGACGCCGAGGCUAAAGCGUUGGCGGCAAGACCCAGGCGCAGUCGCGCACCUCGAGGUUGCCGAUGCAAGGAUUCCCCCCCUUCCAGUCCUCUGCCUUUCCCCAGUGAGAACAGCGAGGAGCUCUUCCGCCAGCACUGGCACAGCCUCAUAAUCCCAGACGAUGGAGACAUAUCUGUCAAUUCACAGGAGCCGGACACGAAGUUCACCCGGGCUGACAGCUCUCAUCUGUCGACGGAUUACACUCCAGGCCUUGCUUCUCAGCAAGAGUCCGCGUCGCGCCAGUGGUCGGGCUCGCUCUCUCCAUAUCCGACGGAGCAGCAAGACCAGCCGCUUGGUCAUGCCCAUAUUCCACUUACUGCGGAUCUCCCAAUAGGUAUCACCCAGGGAUCAUCUCAGCUUCUGGCAGCACCACCAACUCUUGUCCCCGGCCCGACGGAUUGGUCUGGAAGUGGCGAUGGCAGACAUUGGGACCGGGCUUCACGCCCUGGUUAUGGGCUACUGAUGACAUGA